UUUUAACAUCAGCUGCGGCUGAGCAGAAGUUUGUUCAAUUAAAAAAAAAGUUUUAGUGUUUCAGCGUUACAUUAGCACAACAAUGGAGAAGGCCCUGGUGGACAUAUUCGAAGGCCCGAGUGACGAAGAGGAGUUUCUCGGUUUUGGAGGCGCUUCUUCUGGGCAAUUUUCAGAGGAGAGUCGGGACAGCCUUCACUCCCAGUCCUCGUGGAAGCCAGUUCUUCGCUUUAAAUCUAAAUUCAUUACAGAUGAGCUGGCUCAGGUCUUCAUGGACACGGACAGUGAAGAGGAGUUUGAAGGGUUCAGUAAAGAAGAAAGCUCUCUACAUAACAGCUGGAUGAGCCCCAUGGAUACCGAUCCAGAGGAAGACAGUGACGACAUUGGUUUUUACUCUGAUGAUGAUGAUGAUUCAGCCCCGCAGAAAAAGCGGAGCUCAGGAUUGUGUGUCGCAUUCAGAUUUCCUGCCAGAAGAAGCUCCACCCAAGCAAGCACCGUGUCAAAGAAAUCCAGAGUUUCCCCGAGUAGAAAGCAGCCUGUGGAGUCUGUGAAAAAAAGUAGAAAGAGAAGAGGGAGCAGUGCCAAUCCAGCUGUGGCUCAGAAAAGCAGGAAAGUUGAGAAAAGACUCAGAGGACCUAAUAACGACUCUAAGAAGGAGAAAGAAGAGGAGGAGAAGGACGUCAAGCUAACUGAGGCAGAUGUACAAACACUGAGUCAGAGAGCGAAAAAUAUUCAGGAGAAUAAAGCAAUGCUUGCUAAGCUAUUUGCAGACCUGACCUCGUUACCUGAACUCUCUGGAAAGACUACGCCUGUGAAGAAGAAAAAGCAGCAGAGUCCGAAAAAGCGUGUGUCUGAAGUGCAGAGCGAGAGGAGGAACCCAAGCCGCAAGGCCAGACCCCCUGAGCAUUUCGGGCUCGAGCAGGAACCAGUUGCUGCAGUGAAGCCAAGGAAGAGUGUAGAGUUUGACCUGAAGAAACUAAUGGAGAUUGAUGAUGAGCUGCGGGUACACAGAGACACGCCAAGAAGAAAAUCCAGAAAGCGCAGUUCUGUACGUAUGCCGGAUGACAUCACGGAGGAGGAGCUGGAUAAUGUGGCUGAUCGCGCUAAAGACAAAAUUCUCGAUAAAGAAAAUGGCAGCACGUGCCACCAGUGCAGGCAGAAGACGUUGGAUACUAAGACUGAGUGCAGGAAUCCCUACUGUCAGGGGGUCAAAGGGCAGUUCUGUGGGCCCUGCUUGCGGAACCGCUAUGGAGAGGACGUCCGUACAGCUCUCUUGGAUCCGAUAUGGGAGUGUCCUCUGUGUCGGGGCAUCUGCAACUGUAGUCUGUGUCGUAAACGGGACGGACGCUGUGCAACUGGUGCUCUCACUCACUUAGCCAAAUAUUAUGGCUACAACAACGUCAAGGAAUAUCUAGAGAGUCUCCAAAAGGAUCUUGACUAAAAUAAGGCCAGUGUGUUGCAGGAACCCAGUGUUUCGCCACAUCUGUAAAGUAUGCGAGACUACCACAGAUGUUAAUUUUGACUAGUUUUUCUACUCUGGGGAGAGAAACCGAAAACCUGUUUCCAUGUAGUUUUAUGCAACAUUGACACUGGAGCUAUACAGUAGGCACAUACAGUCAAACACAAACCACUAUGCUAAUGACACAACCAUAUAUAUAGAAUCUUUCUCUCAAGUAUCAGUCAGAUCUGAAAUAACUAUAUAAAUAUGCAGCUUAAUUACAUAAAGUGACAUUUUAAUUUUAGUCCCACCCAAAUGCAGAUUAUGUGUAUGUGGUAAUAAUUCUUGUAACCACAACUUCCCAUUACAGGUUCACUGUGCUUUUAUGGAAGAAUAUAAAGCCAAGAUGUCGUUUUUUUUAUUUGAUUUUUUUAAAGAGAUUUUUGCAUACAUAUUUUUUGGAUGUUAUUCAGGUUUUACAGGUCCUGAAAACUCCAAAUCAUUACCAAGUCAGUCAGAAUUGUUGUGUGUUUUUUAUAUACUUGUUCAUCUAAAUAAUAUAACAUAAUAAAUCCGAUGGUCAUUGAAGACAUUGUCCCUCAUUUCAAGACAACUGAUGAUAUGACAUAGAGUUUGGCUUGCAGACUUUGUAAUGGAUCUACUUGCCUAAAAUGUUUAGAUUGGAACCUUUUUUAAAGCACUUUGAAUUUGAAACUAAAUACUGACACUGGAUUUGGUUUUAUACUUAAUUACUUUUGAUUUUUGAACUGUGUUUUAUUCCCAGGUUUUUAAUACUUUUUGUUUUACUUAUACACACACUAAUCAGCAAUAACAUUAAAACCUAAUAUAGUGUUUAACCCAAUAAAACAGCUCUGACCCAUUGAGGUGUGUCUUCUGAAGGUGUGCUUUGGUAUCUGGCACCUAAAUGUUGACAAAUCCUUUAAAGUACUGUAAGUUAUGAUAUGUGACUUCCAUGUGCAGACUUUUGUCCAGCACAUCGUAAAGAUAUUCGAUCAGAUUUCAUUCCGGGAAAUGAGACCAUUACCAUUACCUUCAAACCAUUAUUGCCAUCAGGGAACACUGUUUCCAUGAAGGGCUGAACUUGGAUUUUUUAAGUUGGUGGUAAACCCUUCUGUGGGAUUGGACCAGAUGGGUUACCUUUGACUCCCCAAGUGCAUUAAUCAAAAUCCUUGACUUGCCAUGACCCUGUCACUAGUUCACUGCGUGUCCUUCCUUGGUCCACUUCUGCUAGGUCCUAACAACUGCACACAGGGAACACUGCACAAGACCUGCUGUUUUGGAGAUGCUCAGACCGAGUCAUCUAGACAUCACAAUUUGACCCAUGUCAAAGACAUUAAAACCAACUCGCUAUAGUGGCACCUGUCAAAGGCUGGAAAAUAUUAGGUAAAAUAGUCAGUUCUUCCUGAUAUUUCUCAACUCUUUACAGGUGCCACUAUCAAUGGUAUUCACUCGUUUUAAUGUUAUGGCUGAUCAGUGUAUGUGAAAUACUGUACUAGAUAUAGCUUUGUCUUGUUUCUUGUCUUCCCCCUGCUUUUUAAUGUCUGUGUUUAAGGAUAGACUGCCUGUUAUGCUUGAUGUACUAAGUAAACUGUUUAAUCAUAAUUGUUUUAUAAAUAAAUACCUGAUUGCAA